GAGAAACAUAAACUAUUCUAGAGAAUCGCACAUCGAAAUAAGACCGAUCUCUUCUGCACUGCAAAGGUACUAUUCUUCCAUUUUAAUUGUUGGACAUGCCACCUCAAAUGGAUUAUUAUUGUGAAGAAUCCCGCGUCCCCUCUUCUUGCGGACUGAUGAGCCAAGAGGCCAGGUUGGAGAGGGAGCCAGCGGCCAUCAGCUGUAUGCUGGUGGGGGACGGGGCUGUGGGGAAGACGAGCAUGAUAGUCAGUUACACCACAAAUGGAUACCCCACGGACUACAAACAGACAGGCUUUGACGUCUUUUCUGGUCAAGUCGAAGUAGAGGGAGCCCCAGUCAGAAUACAACUACUGGACACAGCUGGACAGGAGGUGUUUGAUGAUUUCCGCUCCCUCUCCUACUCCCACACGGACGUCUUCCUGCUCUGCUUCAGUGUGGUCAACCCCGCCUCCUUCCACAAUGUCACCAACAAGUGGAUCCCCGAGAUCCGAGCCUGCAACCCCUCAGCUCCCAUCAUCCUUGUGGGCACCCAGUCCGACCUCCUGCUGGACGUCAACGUCCUGAUCAACCUGGACCACUGCGGGGUCAAACCGGUGCUGACCCCUCGGGCACAGAGCAUGGCAGAUAAAAUCAGAGCAGCGGCCUAUGUGGAGUGUUCUUCGUUGACGCAGAAGAACUUAAAAGAGGCGUUCGACGCGGCCAUCUUUGCUGCCAUCAAACACAAGGCCAGGAAGGAGAAGAAGAGGCAGCUGUCGGACAGACGCACCAAGGCCUUCUCUAAAUGCAGCUGGAAGAAGUUCUUCUGUUUUAUCUGAGAUACAGACCCCAUUGGUCAUGGACAGAAAGACGAGUAUUUAUUAACUUAUGAAGACUUUGUAAAAGCGAUGGAGCUUUGGAAUCAUCCCAGCAGUGGUGAAUGGACUGAGCUCUAUGGGCCUAUGAAACUUGUUACUUCACUCCUGGUCUGAGGACAGUGGUAUAGUAGUCCCGUGUAGCUCAGUUGGUAGAGCAUGGCGCUUGCAACGGCAGGGUUGUGGGUUCGAUUCCCACAGGGGACCAGUAUGAAAGAAAAAACAAUUUAUGCACUGACUAACUGUAAGUGGCUCUGGAUAAGAGCGUCUGCUAAAUGACUAAAAUGUAAUAAUAAUGUAAAUGCUUGGGAUAUUCUCACUUAGCCAAAAGGCUGUGGUUGUGUUUCUGGGCUGGUCUGAGCAGGCUCUCUUUCACUGUGGAUGGAGCUGCUUUGAUUAGUGAUUACAUUGAUUACACCAAAACAUGCGCACAUUAUCAUGCCUGAUUGCUCAGGUUGACAGAUAGUCACUAACGAAAGUACAGUAUCUGUCAAGUAGGCCUACACGGUUUAGGUAACCAAGUAAGAAGCGAAAGAAUAGAGAGAAUAUUAAACCAAGUACAUCACAAGCAUCCUGCCGUCAUGUAAAUGUUAUGAACUCAUUUACAUGGUCUGGAUUGGUGCCCAUUCCAACCUGAGACUUCACUGCACCUUCUCUGUGUGAUAGUCCCAUGUGGCUCAGUUGGUAGAGCAUGGUGCUUGCAAUGCCAGGGUUGUGGGUUU